AUGAAGAAUUGUUUUGACAAAUUUUUUAAUUGCUGUGGUUCCUCUGAUUCAAAUCAAUUAGAAUAGCUUGCAGAUUAAGCAAUGGCUCCAGUUAAAAAUAGCUAAAGGGAAGACAAUAUAGCGCAAAAAGUAAUAUAGGAUGCUAAUAAAGCCUUGAGUAAUCGAAAUUAAAAGGUUUAAGUUCAAACCAACUCGUAAUUGAUAAAUCAAAAUACAAAACAGGAUGAAAACGUUUUUUAUUCGAAACUAAAAGACACCGGUUCAAUAUAAGGCAACAAUAAGGAUUAUAAAAUAGAUAAAUAGCUUGACGAAAGGCUAAAUACAUUAACUGAAAAAGAAAAAUUACAAAAGCUCUAAUAAUAAAACAAACAAUAAGUUAUUCCGAAUGGGCAGCAUCUCAAUAUCGGCAACGUAAAUAUUUAAGUCGCAUUGAAUGAUUAACGAAUAGCAACAUAAAAUAGUAAUUCUCCGAGGAAGGCAGGAAGUAUAAUUGAAAGGUAUCUAGAGGAGCAGAAAAAAGUUGAUAAUGUCCUAUUAUUAGAUGAUAUGAGGCAUUCAGAGUCAUACUUGAAACUACAACAAAAUCCUGCUCAGUUUUUCAUGCAGUCUAACCGUCUUGGAGUCGAUAGACCCCCUAAUAACGGCGGUUCCGUAUCUUCAGUAUCUGCCUCAGAUAUAGCAAAUCAGAAAUUAGCAUCAGAACUGAAGGAUCUUCAAUAAAACGAAAAAUCUUAAUAAGCAUUAGAUUAAAAAGGUGCUGUCCGACCAGUAAUUAAUGACGAUUAACCUUCAAAUAUUUAAUAAGUAGUUCAUCACAGUUAGCAUGAGUACUAACACAUUUGGAGAAUGAACGAUAAUGAACGCGAAGCGAACAAUCAACUGGGAAGAAGUAUUAAUUUGAAUGGGUAGAAUUCAAAUACAAGUCCCAAGUAAUUAAUCCAAGGAAGUUAUAAUAAAUAAGCUAUAACAGAUACAAAUCAAAGAGUAAAUAUGAUUAAAAACAAUUUAUAGAACAAUUUAUUUUGA